CAGAGUUAUCGCUCAUGUAAGCAUGGCUGCUUUCUUCGAAGAAAAGAAUGCACACAGUUUGUUUGUCGUAUCCAGUCUGUGAUAUUCCUCAGAGUAACGGUGGGAGAUUUCCAAACGCGAAGGAAGAAUUGAUGUAUACGCGAUGACUUCAAAAGGCUCCAUAGGUCUUCUUAACUUUUUUAUUUUCAACUCCAAGUAUGGACCGAGAGAAGGGGAGGAAGAGAAAAAAAUAAUGUUUUACAGUCCUGAGGAGGCUGACAUUGACACAAAAGUAAAAAAUAUUGGCCUUGCAGAAGCCAUUGCACAGUUUUCAGCGACAUUUUCCGAGAUACCAUGUCAAAGUGUACACACACAGAAGACAAGGCAACUCUUGUUGCAGCCAGAAGCAGGAUUCUGGGUGGUUAUGACUGUGAGCCAUCCAUUUCAAGAGAAGACCAAAGAUGGCACACCUUAUUUGGAGUACAGGGAGGAUGACGUCCAAGACUCAGUUUUCCAGGCUGUGCUUGACUUGGCCUAUAAAAUGUUCAAGUUAUUUAACGGAACUUUUGAGCACAUCUUGAUGAGAGCAGAUGGCGAUGUGGAAGUCCUGAAGCAGCGGCUAGAGGGUUUUUAUAACAAAUAUUUGCUGACCUUAAGACUUUCACAAUGUGACCUGCUUGAUGUGUUCAACGGCAUCCAUUUUUUACCUCUUGACAAAAAUACUUACCUUCGAAUUCAGUGUUUCAUCAACAGACUUGAAGCAACAUUCCCCUUUGUUAAAUAUACAGCAUUUUUGUACAAUGACAAGCUUGUCUGGAGUGGACUGGAGCAGGAUGACAUGCGCACUUUAUAUCAGUACCUCACAACUACUCUGUUCCCUACUUACAUGGCACAGGAACACCAAGGGGGAGGCCAGGUGAAAUCGCAGGCUGUGGGAGCUUCUCAGUACUGCAAGUUUUUAACAGGCCCCCCAGAUCUGACUGAUGAGAGAUCAAUGGGGAAGCUUCCACGAGUAUUUGUCAGCACUGAAACAGACAAUGAGGAGUUCUACCUACUGGUGUAUCGUGCCAUGUCUGCAACCAUCUGCCUACUUGUUAAUGUGAAAUGCCCUCUAAAUGUGCCAAUGUGCCGAAAGCUUGAUGCUAUGAUGGCUCCACAAAUGACUAAACUUGCUUCUGACAUUAAAGAGCAGCACUAUCAACGAGCUCCACCUCAAAGUGCAGCAGAUCCAGUCUACAAGUACAUUUAUUUUAAUCACAUGAACCUGGCUCAACAGACUACAAUGCACACUGACCUACAAAAACAGGCUGGAAUCACUAUACCUCAAGAGAUCAUGCGCCUUCUUAACGAUAUCAAUGCAGACCUUGCACAGAGUAACACUGAUGGAGAGACUAUCGUGAAAACCACUUCAGACUUUUGGGUUGUUGGAAAAAAAUCUGACACUAGAGAAUUUUAUGUUGUUAUCAACCAGAAAAAUGCUAAUCUAAUUGAAAUCAAUGAGGAAGUAAAACGACUAUGCACAUCUCACCUAAACAGCAUAUUUUUCUUGGAUUGACAAGUGUUUUAGGAGCUUUGCUCUGUGCAUUAAUUGUCAGUUUCCCACUCCUUUGGCAGCAGUAGAGUAUUCUGGUGACAUACUCUGUGAUGUUCUUUGUUCACUUGAUUAUGAAAUCAGAGGAAGAACUACUGGAUUAAAGAAAUGUUUCUGUAGUUUUAACUUAUCUCAGAUGGCUCCUCACUUCAGUCUUCAGAAGAAAUUGCCUGAACGAUAUGUGGGUUGAUGCUCAUUGAUUGUAAUGAGCACAUCUAUUGCUUCUGUUAUUUGUUUACAUAUUUUUUUACUAAGGAUUUGCUUGUAUUUUGUUGUGGUAGUUUAUGGUUCCUUAAAUACUGGAUGAUAGUUUGCACCUUUUGUUGAUAUGCAAGUCUGUGAUAGCUAUGACAGAAGUAAGGACUAUAUGCUGAGGAAAGUAUUGUGAAUGGAAAUAUUUACUGAAAGUGUAUGCACAUUUGCAUGAUCGUCUCUUUUCUUUGCUUCUUUUCAAGCUUUUCUACAGUUUUAGAAUGUUUCCAUUGUAGAGAAAUAAGUUAUGGGGAAGCAUAAUGGCUGUUUAGGCUAGUAUAUUUUUCAACCAGACUAGCACAACCUUUUUUAAUUGAUUUUGUUAAGGAAAGCAAAAUAUUGAAGCAGGAGUAACAUGUUGCAUACAUUUAAAAUGAUAUUUGCAGCCAUUUGUGAAACUGACUCAAGGUGUUAACCACAGUUUUAAGGAAAAAAGUCAAGAGUGAGUUAAGAGUCCAUCACAGAAACAUGUAUGACUUCCUCAGUGUGUACUCCGAGUGUUUAGUCCUUGUUGUUACUCCUCAAGGAGCAUAGGGCCGCACUCCAAGUGUGCAUGUGUGCAAUGUAAAAAAAAA